AUGAAGCUCUCGUCCACUUGGGCCAUUGCCUGCUUGGCGGCCCAGGCUGCUGGUGCUGCUAUAAGCUAUCAAUUGAAUGGGUUGACAAUUACUGAGCAUCCGGAUCCUGCUAAGCGGGCUUUGCUUCAGAAAUAUGUGACAUGGGACGAGAAUUCUUUAUUCGUCAACGGUGAGAGGAUUAUGUUGUUCAGUGGUGAAAUCCACCCGUUCCGUCUGCCUGUCCCAUCUCUGUGGAUUGAUGUCUUUGAAAAGGUCAAGGCUUUGGGAUUCAACUGUGUUUCUUUCUAUGUUGACUGGAGCUUGUUGGAAGGCAAGCCCGGGCACUAUUCUGCUGAAGGAAUCUUUGCCCUGGAGCCUUUCUUUGAUGCCGCCAAAGAGGCUGGUAUCUAUCUCCUUGCUCGCCCUGGUCCCUACAUCAACGCCGAAGCAUCAGGCGGUGGUUUCCCUGGUUGGCUUCAGCGUGUAAAUGGAACAUUGCGAACCAGUGAUGAGGCUUACCUCAAGUCAACUGAUAACUACAUUGCUAAAGUUGCCGCAACAAUCGCCAAAGGCCAAAUCACCAAUGGCGGUCCAAUCAUUUUGUAUCAACCCGAGAACGAGUACAGCGGUGCUUGCUGCGGAUACAAUGAUUUCCCAGACGGAGCAUACAUGCAGUAUGUCGAAGAUCAAGCACGCAAUGCUGGUGUCGUCGUACCUCUGAUUAGCAAUGAUGCCUGGGCUGGUGAUCACAAUGCACCUGGCAGUGGCGCGGGUGCGGUUGAUAUCUACGGUCAUGACAGCUACCCUCUUGGCUUUGACUGUGCCAACCCUUCUACGUGGCCAUCUGGUAACCUGCCCACUGGGUGGUAUCAGACGCACAUGGAUCAAAGCCCUUCAACCCCUUACUCUCUGGUUGAAUUCCAAGGUGGAGCAUUUGAUCCCUGGGGAGGCGUCGGGUUCACGAAGUGUGCUGAUCUUCUGAACCACGAGUUUGAGCGAGUGUUUUACAAGAACAAUCUCAGUUUCAAGGUUGCUUUCCUGAAUCUGUACAUGAUCUUUGGUGGUACCAACUGGGGUAAUCUUGGUCACCCCGGUGGCUAUACUUCCUAUGACUAUGGCUCCCCCAUCACUGAGUCUCGCAAUAUUACCCGCGAGAAGUACAGCGAGCUCAAGUUGAUUGGAAACUUUGUCAAAGUGUCACCGGCGUACCUGCUUACAACACCAGGAGCCUUGACAACUUCCAAGUACACCACGUCAUCUGAUAUUGCCGUGACGCCCCUGCUCGGCGGUAACAGCACAGCUUCUUCCUUCUUCGUGGUCCGUCACAAUGACUACUCAAGCCAGGCUUCAGUUGAUUACCAGCUCAAGGUUUCUACCAGCGCCGGCUCAGUCACAAUUCCCCAGCUUGGCGGAAGCUUGACUCUCAGCGGUCGUGAUUCCAAGAUCCAUGUUGUUGACUAUGAUGUCGCGGGUACCAACAUUCUCUACUCUUCUGCUGAAGUGUUCACCUGGAACAAGGUUGGUACCUCCAAGGUGCUUGUACUGUACGGAGGCCCUGGUGAACAUCACGAGCUGGCAGUCGUAUCUACCUCCAAGCCAUCUGUUGUUGAGGGCUCCUCGUCAGGAAUUACCACCAAGCAAGUUGGAAAGGCCGUUGUGAUCGGCUGGGAUGUGUCCACCACUCGUCGUAUUGUCAAAGUGGGUGACUUGAAGAUUUUGCUUAUUGACCGCAACUCUGCCUACAACUACUGGGCUCCUCAGGUCCCAGCCUCAGGUACUAGCCCUGGCUAUAGCACCCAAAAGGCUGCCGCCUCAGCUGUCAUUGUUAAGGCCGGCUACCUCGUGCGAACUGCCUAUCUGGAUGGCAGCGACCUCCACCUCACAGCUGACUUCAACGCCACCACGCCAAUUGAGGUGAUUGGUGCCCCAUCCAAGGCCAAGAAUCUGGUUAUCAAUGGCAAGAAGGCUCAAGUCAAGGUCGACAAGAACGGCAUCUGGUCAAGCAGCGUUGCAUACAGUGCACCCAAGAUCAAGCUCCCGACACUGAAGAGCCUGACGUGGAAGGCAAUUGACACUCUCCCUGAGAUUCAAAACUCCUAUGAUGACUCCAAGUGGGUUGCUGCCGACCUCGCCAAGACUGCAAACAAUGUCCACCCACUGCAGACCCCGACCUCCCUUUACUCAUCUGAUUACGGUUUCCACACAGGAACCCUCGUUUACAGAGGUCACUUUACCGCCACGGGAGAUGAAAAGACCUUCUUUGUGCAUACUCAGGGCGGUACAGCGUUUGGCAGCUCUGUCUGGCUAAACUCAACACAUGUCGGAUCCUGGGCCGGAAAUUCCGUUUCCAGCGACUACAACGCAACAUACACCCUCCCAACUCUGAAAAAGGGCAAGUCCUACGUGUUCACCGUAGUAGUGGACAACAUGGGUCUCAACGAAGACUGGACUGUCGGCUCGGAAGAGAUGAAACUGCCUCGCGGUAUACUCAACUACCAACUCUCCGGCCAAUCCGCCGACGCGAUUACAUGGAAACUAACCGGCAACCUUGGCGGCGAGGACUACAUCGACACGGUCCGUGGCCCUCUCAAUGAGGGCGGCCUCUACGCCGAACGCCAAGGCUUCCACCAGCCUUCUGCUCCAACCAAAGACUGGAAAUCAGGCAGUCCCUUCAGCGGCCUCUCAGCACCCGGUAUCAAAUUCUACAGCACGAGCUUCGAUCUCAAUAUCGAGAAGGGCUGGGAUGUACCCCUCUACUUCAAUUUCGGAAAUAGUACCGCGCCGCCUGCUGCCUAUCGUGCCCAGCUGUAUGUCAAUGGCUACCAGUAUGGUAAGUAUGUGAACAAUAUUGGGCCGCAGACUAGUUAUCCUGUUCCUGAAGGUAUUUUGAACUACCACGGGAGCAACUAUGUUGCUUUGAGUCUGUGGGCCCAGGGAGAAAAUGGUGCCAAGGUAGAGGGUUUCGAGUUGGUUUCUACUACUCCUGUAUUGACUGCGCUUGAUGGGAUUGAGGCGGCUGCGCAGCCGAAGUAUUCGCAACGAAAGGGAGCUUAUUAG